GUAGUAAAAUAGUAGCAGUAGUAGUAGUGUAGUAACAGUGGUAGUGAUGGUGGGGGGAAGAUUGGGUGGAGCGAAGGAGAGUUGGGAACGAGACAUAACGCAUAGCGAUAGUAGCGGCAGAAACAGAUAAAGCGAUAGCAGCAUCACCAGCAUCAUCAACAGCGGCGCAUCAUGCCGUGUCGUAUGCGCGCCGCCAUGCGGAUGAUAGAUCUUUAUCAGAGUGUAGAAGAAAGUGGAAAAUUGACCAAAAUGUCCUCUGUACAAUUGGAUCGUCCUCCAAAAAUAGGCCAGAACAAUAAGAAGGAAAAUGAAAAGUCUAGAAAGGUCUCUAACCUUUCGCACAAGAAGCACAACAAGCAUGAUGACAAUCGUUACUUCAAAUUCAGCAAUAGGAAACGACCUCAGAGCAGCUUUUGCAACAGUGGAAAGUUCUUUCCUCCCUAUAAACGUAGAAAGAAGGAAGGUAUCAUCAUUCCUCCUACAAAAUUUUUGCUUGGAGGCAAUAUUUGUGAUCCUUUAAAUCUAAAUAGCAUGCAAGAUGAAGAAAUAAAUCGAGCUAUGAAUGCAGUGACUCCAAAAUCGAGUCCACUUCCUACUCCAAAACACAAGAAAGAAGUUAUCGAGGUAAUUAUUCCUCCAAAUAUUUGUGAUCCUUUGAAUUUGACAAAUUGCAAUGAUAAUGAGGAGUACGAAAAGCAGCUCAUUUCACCUAUGAAAAAAAAUUCAAAACGGAGAAAUAGGAAAAGAAAAAGAGCCCUUUCUGGAUCAGGAAAAGAUACAGAAAAAAUGAUGGAUCUCAAUGAAACAAAGAAAUUAGAAGAAACUGAAGGAAAUAACACAGUGAUGGAAUCUUUAAUGGAAAGACUUUCUGAAGAAAAAAUUAGCUUAGAUGAAGAGCAAAAUGUACAAAGUGAAAAUUAUCUAAGAGAAAAUAAGAUAGAAAGUCCACAAAAGGAUAAAAAUAAAUUACGAUUAAAAGGUUUGGAGGAGCUAAAGGAUAAAAGGUUGAGAAAAAUUGAUGCUAAGGAUAAAAUAGUAAGCCCAGUAAUUCCACAACCUGGUGCAUGGAAGCCAAGACCUCAACAUAGACCAAGUCAAGAUAAAAAAAAGAAGCAACACGCGGUGCCCAAUUUUAGGCUCAAAGAUGCUAGAUAUCAAUAUGGAAAUUAUAAUAGAUAUUAUGGAUAUAGAAAUCCCCAUCAUGAAGUAGAUCCCAGAUUAAAAGUGUUUGCACAACGAAAGGAAUUGUUCCUACGAAAAGACAUUCUAGAUAUUGGAUGUAAUAUUGGCCAUAUUACACUAUCCGUUGCUAGAGAUUUUGGUGCCAAGAGUGUUACAGGGAUCGAUAUUGAUAGAACUUUGAUAAAUAUUGCCCGGAAGAAUGUGAAGCAUUAUGUUAAUUGUGUGCAAAGUCCUGUUAAUAAUGAGGAUAAUGAUAAAAGAGAUUCUUCGGAUGCCAGCUUCUUUCCUAUGUCGAUGCCAAUUAAUUAUGGGCCUGUAGAUAUCCCGGGAUUUACAAAAAAUAAACAACAUAAAGGAUUUCCAUACAAUGUCACUUUCGUACAGGGUAAUUAUGUUCUUGAAAACGAUUCACUCCUAUGCACGGAACAGACACAAUUUGACACAAUUUUAUGUUUAUCUAUCACAAAAUGGAUUCAUUUGAAUUUUGGUGAUGCUGGAUUAAAACAAGCUUUCAAGCGCAUUCACGCGCAAUUACGUCCCGGUGGAGUUCUCGUAUUGGAACCUCAGGGUUGGGCCAGUUAUGCCAAGAAAAAGAAUCUCACGGAACGGAUUUAUAGAAAUUAUCACAGUAUUGAAUUCCGACCGCAUAAUUUUACACAAUAUCUUUUAACUACCGUUGGCUUUUGCAAAUGCGAAGUUAUCUCUAUACCACCCCAUCCUUCCAAAGGAUUUCAGCGACCUAUACAUCUUUUCACUAAGGCUGGUGGUCCCUCUUCUAGUACUAUCGGACGACCAGAUAAUAAUAUAAACGAUACCCUGCAAAAUCGCCAAGAAAGAAUGACAAGAAGAGAUCAGGAAGAGAUACGCGACAUGGAAAGAAUAAAGUACGAGCAGGACUUAUUUCCGAAAGAAAAUAUCGAUAGAGGUAAUAUGUCAGAGAUUAGUCAACACAGUGGAGAUUUGAAUCAAUAUGAGCAGUUGGCUAAUGUUUAUGCGCCCAGUGCGACGCCAAGCUAUGAUACUCCGAGUCGUAAUAGCGAUAGUCAACCUUUGGAUAGUCAGCCUUCGGAUGCGUUACGGAUAAAAGAAGAGAAAGAAGAAAAUUCAUAAGAAAGGAAAAAGAAAGAAGAGGAAAA